GUUGCAGAUAUUUAACCUGACAUUUCCCUUCACUAGACCAUUCUACUGAAUGAUGUGCAAGAAAAGCAGCAGUGUAUAGGAGUAUAUUUGGAGAUUGCAGUUGCAGCAGAGGCAUCUACGGAAGAUGUGUGAGGCUCUAGAAGCAUCUAGAAGCUGCGGCUGACAUUACUAUACCACCUUUCUGCAGCUGCAGCUGCUGCCUUGGAGCAAGAGCUUCUUGUGUGCAGACAGAGAUGGGGAAGGCGGGUAGGUGGCUGAGAAGCUUCCUGACCGGGAAGAAGGACAGAAAGGGCAAGGACAAAGGUGACGGCCAGUCGGCGUCGUCGACGAUGGCGCCGACGACGACGCCGUCCGCUAGGGAGAAGAGGCGGUGGAGCUUCCGGAGGCCGGCGGUGGUCACCGGCGGCAAGGAGGCGAGCGCGUAUAGCCAGGGCCAGGGCCAGGGCCAGCUCGCGUCCACGUCGUCGCACUGCUUCUCCGACGUGCAGGCGGUCGUGCAUGACCAGCUUGCCGCCGUCGCCGCUUCGCCGGCGCCGGAGAGGACCGCAUAUGACGUCGUGGAGGAGGCCGCGGCGACCAAGAUCCAGUCGGCGUUCCGGUCGUACCUGGCGAGGAAGGCGCUGUGCGCGCUGAGAGGGAUGGUGAAGCUGCAGGCGAUGGUGAGGGGGCAGCUGGUGCGGCGGCAGGCGAGCAUGACGCUGCACCGCAUGCAGGCGCUCGUCGCCGCCCAGAGGCGCGCGCGCGCCGAGCGGCUGCGGCUCCUCGACGAAGACAAGCACACCCGCUCCCCGCGGCCGCCGGCCAGCCGCCGCUCCUCGCCGCAGCACCACCGCUCCGGCCGGAAGCCACUGGAGGUGGUGGACAGGGGAUCGGAGGAGAACGUCAAGGUCGUCGUGGUGGACAAUGGCGGAGCGCCGCCGAGGUGUUGCGGGAGGCGCAGCACGUGCUGCCCGACCCCGCCGCUGAGCCGCACGACGGCGAAGGCCGAGCUGCCCCAGAAGGUGUCGCCGACGGCGUCGGCGCUGACGGACGCGAGCGCGCGGACGGUGAGCGGCCGGUUCGAGGACUACUUCUCCGCCGCGGCGUCCGAGGCUAGCGGCGGGCGCCACCACCACCACUGCGGAGCAACCGGCGGCGCCGACCACGCGGCGGCGGCGCUGCACCUCUUCCCGAACUACAUGUCGAACACGGAGUCCUCGCGCGCCAAGGCGCGGUCGCAGAGCGCGCCGAGGCAGCGGCACGACCACCAGGCGAUCGCCUCGCCGUCCCCUUCGCCGUCGUGCGGCGAGUGGAGCUCGAGCGACCGCCGGCGCAGGGCGUCCCUGGACCCGCGGGACCUCCCCGCCGGAGGCCCGCGCAUGGAGCGGUGCGCGUCGCAGGCGCGCGCCAGCGCCAGCGCGGCGUGCCCGUGGGCCGUGAGGCUGGACAGGUCGACGGCGUCGCUCGCCGGCAGCGACUGCGGCUCGUCCACGACCGCGGCGGAGCGCGCGUGA